AUGAAGAUGAACAAAAUGAGUAGCAAGUUGAUAAAACCACACACCCCAACCCCUCAAAACCUCAAGAAUUACAAGUUAUCACUUAUAGAUGAGCUUGCGGACCCAGGACAUUAUUUUGCAGUUGUUCUGUUUUACGAAUCGAAACCCGAAGACGGCAGCCUCCAGUUGGAAGAAUCACUGGCCAGAAUCUUGGUUGAUUUCUAUCCUCUUGCAGGUAGAUUCAUCAAGAAUUAUAGUUCGAUUGAUUGCUGCGACGAGGGAGCCGAGCUCGUCGAAGCAGAGGCUCUAGAUGUCGAGCUGAUCGACCUCGUAACAAAAAUGGAGCUCGAUCAGCUCGACAAUCUCCUGCCCCACCAACAUUUCCGACGACACCAAUCUCCUGAUAAUCCAAUCCUCUCAAUCCAGAUCACACGUUUCUCCUGUGGUGGGGCCGCCGUCGCCAUCAGCGUCUCCCACAAGAUCUUCGAUGGGUCGUCGCUUGCGACGUUUGUGGCCGCCUGGACGGACGCCACCAAUCCGGAUCAUGAUAAGAGGGUGAUUAGCCCGUCUUUUCAUCUCCCCCCGUUGCUUCCAUCCGACAACCGGGCCCCAGCCCCGGCCCCGGCCCCAGCCCCGGCCCCGGGUUCCGGUCACAAGGUUGUUGUAAAGAGGCUUUUGUUCAACAAGGAGGCUUUAACGAGGCUGAAAUCAAGAAUAAGCCAAACCAACGGAAAACCCUUAUCUGGAGUGCGUGUUGUGUCUGCCGUUACGGCCAAAGCCCGAAUCCGACUAGAUCGCGCCAUCCACGGAAGAAGCAGAAUCUCCGUCGUACUUCAAGGGAUUAACAUGCGAGAGAGAUCAAUCCCACCUCAGUCAACACACACUUGUGGGAAUUUCUUGAUCCCAGCACUGACGCGCAUAGAAGCUGAGGAGGAAAUUGGUGUUGAUCAACUUGUUCGUCUACUGGGAGAUUCUAUUCGAGGCGCCAUAUCUCGUCAUGCUGAGAUACUGUCUCUUGAUAGGGAUGGACGUGAUAUCUUCACAAAUUAUAUGAAAAGCCUCGAAACACUUAUUUGCGAUCCUGAGAUCAAUUUUAUGGUCAUCACUGAUUGGAGCAGGUUUGGAUUCCACGAAGCUGAUUUCGGAUGGGGGAAGCCUGUUUCGACGGGCAACAUAUUCUGGCCGCCGUUCAGCCACUUAGUGGUGCUGACGAGCGACAGAGAGGGAGAUGGGAUUGAGGCAUGGUUUUAUUUGAACCAAAAUGAAGUGCAUUACUUUGAGCAAGAUGAGGAGAUCAAACCCUUCAUAUCCUAG